AUCGCAAUGGCGGUGUGGCUGGUCCUAUGUCCGUGGGCUGGUCGCUUUGUGAUAGCGGCAAGAUAAGUAUGCGUUUUACGGACACAGUUGUCAAGGUACCGAGCUGAAGGGGACGAGAAAUUAAAAAAAGUUUCAGUCAUGUUCCAGUAUUGGUUAUUUCUCGUUAUUUUAGAGCUGUCUUUAGAUGCUGCCCUCAGCGUUUCACAGGCGGAAAUUGACAGGCAUUUAGAACUAGGAAGAGAAUUUUUAGCCAGAGGUCAAUUACAGGAUGCACUGUCCCACUACCAUGCAGCUGUUGAGGGUGACCCAAACAAUUACCUGACCUAUUACAAAAGAGGAACGGUGUAUUUAGCUCUAGGCAAGGCUAAGUUUGCCCUACUAGAUUUGGACAAGGUUUUGGAACUGAAACCAGACUUUCAUGCAGCCAGAUUACAGCGUGGCAGUGUAUUAUUAAAACAAGCAGAUCUAGACCAAGCUGAAAUUGACUUUCACAAUGUGCUGGCUUUUGACCCAUCCAAUGAAGACGCUUUGAACGCCUUGUAUAGAAUAGCCCCAGUCAGGGAGGAUAUAGAAAUGGCUGAAAUGUUGAUGCAGAGAGGCGAAUAUGCAUCUGUUGUACAUUUGAUAAAUCGAAUAGUGGAAGUAUGUCCUUGGGCACCUCAUCUCAGGGAAUGGAGAGCUGAGAGUCAUGCAGCAUUGGGGGACCAUAUGAGUGCUAUAUCUGACAUACGCUCAACCACAAAACUUCUUGCUGAUAAUACUCAGGGAUAUUACAAGCUCUCUUCGCUGCUGUAUCGCUUAGGUCAAGUGGAAGAGUCUCUCAAAGAAAUUCGAGAGUGUUUGAGGUUAGACCCUGAGCACAAAGAAUGCUUUCCGCAUUACAAGAAAGUUAAGAAGAUUGCUAAGUUCUUAGCAGAUGCUGAUGCAUCAGCCGAAUCAAAAGACUACGAUGGUUGUGUAGAGGCUAGUAAUCGUGUACUUAAAAACGAGCCAAACAAUCAAAACGUUCGUUUUUUGGCUACACAACUACUUUGUCGUUGUUAUCUUGGAAAUGGAGAUUCAUCUCAUGCUAUUGCAAGUUGUGGCGAUGCCCUCAAUAUUCAGCGUGAUCCAAGUUUAUUCUGCUAUAGAGCAGACGCCUAUAUUGCUGCUGAACAGUAUGAUGACGCGAUACGAGACUUCAAAGAAGCUCUAGAGAUCGAUGCGAAUUUCCAAAGAGCAAAGGACGGUCUUCAGAAAGCGCAGAGACUUCAAAAACAGUCUGAAUCUAGAGACUACUACAAGAUACUUUCAGUUCCCAGAACUGCUUCUAAAAAAGAAAUAGUGAAAGCCUAUCGAAAAGCAGCACAAAAAUGGCAUCCUGACAAUUUUCAAGAAGGUGAAGAGAAGAAACGCGCUGAAAAGAAGUUCAUAGAUAUCGCCGCUGCCAAGGAAGUAUUGACCGACCCCCAAAAACGUGCGAAAUUUGAUCAGGGAGAAGAUCCAUUGGAUCCAGAAUCCGGGAAACAUCAAGGAUUCAAUCCGUUCCAAGAAUUCCACCACUUCCAUGGUUCACCCUUCCAAUUUAAGUUCCACUUCAACUAGGGACUAAAUUGAAGUUGCUGGUUUUGUAAAACAUCUUCUAAUCCCUAUGAUAAUCGAACACAUCGUACCUUUGCUACUAGAAAAAGUAAAGUGCUUCUCAAAUACCCGGCUUAUUUUGAUUGCCGAUUGGAUAGCCACGAGUUAAGUGGGAUCGCAGAGGUCUAUUCUAAUGUCAAAAUGGUGGGUUCAAACUUUAAAGAGUACUGGAUACCAAAGAUUUUCUAAAAUAGUUUUUGAUUUUCACGUAGAGUUUUUCCCUCGUCCGUUUUAAACAAUCAAAAAUUUAUAUCAACCAUAUCAAACACAGCUUUGAACGUUAUUACUGAACUAUUUUAAAUUUUGCUACAAUAUUAAGGAUUUAUUAUAUGUAUACAAGGGCUCGUGAGCUCGUUGCCAUGCGGAGUGGUCCAAAUAAUGCCAAUCAUGUUUUGUUUCUCUGUGGUUCUAGAUUUUUGUUUUUUUGGGUACCCUGUAAUCUAUGUCUUAAUUACUUUAGCUCUCCAAGAUUAUUCGAGAACGUCGAAUCGCCAACUAUUUUCACAAAGUAAAUAUUUUUACCAGAUAUUCUUAUGUCCACAAUAAUCUUCUUGCAUAUCAUGAGCUCAUCACCUCACUCCGUGGCAUAAUAUUAUAUCAGUUGUGGUCCUCAGGGCCUAAUGUUAUCAUCUGUUACUUUGGGUGAAAUAACAAACGGUACAGACAUUCUACUUCGACCAAUAUCAAUCUUCUUUUUCACAACUCAGUAAAAAUGAGAUGGUAUUCAAAAAGUUUGAUCUGACAAUCGAUAGAUACGACCAUUGGAAAGAACUUCCUAACCCUCGUCGAGGUAUCCAUUACUCUUUACCCAGACUUUGUGCUUGACGAUUCUAAGUGAAUGAUAAAAUUAUAAGCUUGAAGUUGAAUCAAGAUUAGUUAUCGUAGUACCUGUUGCCAGAAAAGUAGAUAAACAAUUUUGACUUCUAUACUUCAAAUAAUACAAAUAUCACAUUUCGACCUCCCACCAAAAAAUAGUGUGGCUGCUAUCAUUUUCGCGAAUAAUUUUUUGUUUUAUACAAUUUUAUAGGAAAAUAUAAAAAAAAGAAUUGCACAAGAAGUAAAACUGAAUCACCUGCCACAGGUGUUUAGAGAGAACAAAAAGAAUCUUCAAACGUCUAGUGUUCAUAUUGGUGCAAUUUUCGAAAAUCUACAUUAUACUAAUGAAAGUCAUGUCUAGGGUGUCUAGAGUGCUGGACUUUGUGGGUCCAAAAGACGUUGAUAGUUUAAAUAUAAAAUUCCAAUUACUCUUUCUUUGCCCUUGCAAGUCUCCACACAGCGCGCCGAUCUUAUUUAAAAAUAUCAAAAUAGAAUAUCAUCGAUACACAGUGGCCCUGUCUUUGGAUAGAAUGGUCUUUUUUUAUUUAUUUUUUCAUCUUUUCCCAAUCCAUCACAAUAUGAAUCAUACAAAUGUAAGAGGUCGAGAGAUGGGAUGGGUGCCAUUCGUGUUUUUAUAAUUUUUUUUUUUUCAUCAUUUCCAAUUCUCUUCAUUUUGUGGCGAGAAUAAUAGGAUAUAUGUAUAUAUUAUACAUACGUCCCCGUAUUUAGAUAAUUUACUCGAAGCUUCAUGAGUUAUAUAUACACAUAGAUAUACAUAAUACAUAAAUCGCCCCUCACCCGGAGAAAUUGGCAUACGAAUGUACGUACGUGUGUGUUACAGUAUAUUGUUACAAUGGUUGAAUCAGUUUAAUAUUUCCCCUGUCUAAUUUGCAUGGUCUACUUCGACGGCAGGCAGUAUUACUUCGAUUCUGUCAGCUCGUCAGUUUGCCGUUGUGAUACUGGUUUGAUAUAAAACAUCACGGAUUGUAACAAUAUGUUUGCGUGCGAGUGAGUAUAUCAGAAUUUCUUGUACAUAUUAAUAAUGUAUCAAUUAUAAGUUUGUUUGAAUAUAUGAUUGAAUAAUUUAUAUUACUA